AUGCGAGUCCUGCUCCUGCUUGCAGCCGUCGGGCUCUGCGGGGCCCAGUACAGCCCCAACACUGCGUACGGCAGGACCGCCAUCGUGCACCUCUUCGAGUGGCGCUGGGCCGACAUCGCUCUCGAGUGCGAGCGCUACUUGGCUCCUUACGGCUUUGGAGGAGUUCAGGUUUCACCUCCAAAUGAAAAUGUGGUUGUAACUAGCCCCUAUAGACCCUGGUGGGAAAGAUACCAGCCCAUCAGCUACAACAUCUGCACUCGCUCAGGAAAUGAAGAUGAGUUUAGAGAAAUGGUGUCCAGAUGCAACAAUGUUGGAGUUCGUAUCUAUGUGGAUGCUGUUGUCAAUCACAUGUGCGGAUCUGGAGCUGGAUACGGCACCCAUUCAACCUGUGGAAGCUAUUUUGAUGCCGGGACCAGAGAUUUUCCAUCUGUGCCAUACUCUGGCUGGGAUUUCAACGAUGGCAAAUGUAGUACUUAUAGCGGAGAAAUCGAAAAUUACCAGGAUAUUUAUCAGGUUCGGGACUGCCGCUUGUCUGGCCUUCUGGAUCUGGCCCUGGAGAAGGACUACGUGCGCUCCACAAUUGCUGGGUACCUGAAUCACCUCAUAGAUAUUGGCGUAGCAGGCUUCCGGAUCGACGCUGCCAAGCAUAUGUGGCCUGGGGACAUGAAGGCAUUUCUUGAUCAGCUGAACGACCUAAACACACAAUGGUUUUCUUCAGGAACUAGACCUUUCAUUUACCAGGAGGUUAUUGACUUGGGUGGAGAGCCAAUCACAGGCAGCCAGUACUUUGAUAACGGCCGAGUGACGGAGUUCAAGUACGGCGCAAAGCUGGGGACCGUGCUCCGCAAGUGGGAUGGCAAGAAGAUGUCCUACUUAAAGAACUGGGGAGAGGACUGGGGCCUUGUGCCUUCUGACAGAGCCCUGGUCUUCGUGGAUAACCACGACAACCAGCGUGGGCACGGGGCUGGUGGAGCUUCCAUUCUCACCUUCUGGGAUGCCAGGCUUUACAAAAUGGCUGUUGGUUUCAUGCUGGCUCAUCCUUAUGGAUUCACGCGGGUGAUGUCAAGCUUCCGUUGGCCAAGAUAUUAUGAAAAUGGAGAGGAUGUUAAUGACUGGUAUGGACCACCACACAAUUCGGAUGGAUCAACAAAAUCUGUUCCAAUUAACGAAGAUACUACCUGUGGUGAUGAUUGGGUUUGUGAACAUCGCUGGCGUCAAAUAAGGAACAUGGUUGUCUUCCGUAACGUGGUGAGCACCGAGGAUUUCACCAACUGGUGGGACAACGACAGCAACCAAGUGGCUUUUGGACGUGGUAGUAAGGGAUUCAUUGUCUUCAAUAACGAUGAUUGGGAAUUGAAUCAGUCUUUGGAAACUGGACUGCCUGCUGGUACCUACUGUGAUGUUAUUUCUGGAGAUAAGGAAGAUGGCAGAUGUACUGGAAUAGAGGUGUACGUUUCCAGUGAUGGCAGGGCUAAUUUCCAGAUCAGUAACAAUGCUGAAGACCCGUUCAUUGCAAUUCACGUUGAAGCAAAAUUGUAAUUCAAGCAAAGCAUGU